AUGUUUGUACAACUUGACUUUCUCACUCGGGGUGCGACUGUUUCCAGGUCUCUGUGCCCACCGCCCUACUGGCGUGCGCGACUUCCCCCCCCCCCGGUCUCUGUGAUGGUCUCUGUGCCCCCCCUGCCCGGUCUCUGUGUCCCCACCCCCGCCCGGUCUCUGUGUCCCCACCCCCCGCCCGGUCUCUGUGUCCCCACCCCCGCCCGGUCUCUGUGUCCCCACCCCGCCCGGUCUCUCUGCCCCCCCACACCCGGUCUCUGUGCCCCCCCCCACACACACCUGGUCUCUGUGCCCCCCCCCCACACACACACCCGGUCUCUGUGCCCCCCCACACACCUGGUCUCUGUGUCCACUCCUUUACCGGCGUGCGCGACUCCCCCGGUCUCUGUGACCCCCCCACACACACACACACUUUACCGGCUUGCGCGACUUUUUUUUUUUCCGGUCUCUGUGCGCACCUCACUACCGCCGUGCGCGAUGUCUUGA